AUGUCCGACGCCGCGGUCGCGCGCGGGCGAGCGCGUUUAGACGCGUUCAGGGCGUUGAGAAAGCACGCGCGAGGUACGAAUGUGAAAUCCGAGCGCACAGAUUCGACGGACGUUUCAUCGGUUGGCGCAUCGCUCGAGGUGACGGAGGACCGAGCGGUGCGCGCUGAGGCCCUGGUCAACGACAUUAAACCGUCUGAUGUGAUCGUGAGCGUCCUAGCGGACGUUUCAACGACGGAGACGGCGGACGCGACGACAGCGGAGGAGACGAGCAGGACGGCGGAGGCGGCAACGGAACGCGAGCGCGCGGAACGAUCGGAGAAGAAGACGAACGCGCACUCGGCACUCGCGAAUAUGAACGAUGAAUCGACGCGGAUCAGCGAGCGGGUGACUUCGAUGACGGCGGAGACGGAGGCGAAGACAGAGCGGCGGAGCGAAGGCUUACUUGGCGCGACGACAUCCACAGACAGGGCGCGGGAGCAGUACGAGCGAGUGAUGCGAGCGAUCAAUGGGAAUGGGGAGAUAGAUGCGAGUCUGUUCGAGCCCGUGUCCGCGAGCUCGUUGAAAUCGGAAGAAGAGGAGGAUGAGGAGAUGAAUGUGGAAGCUGAACCGUUGGCGACGUACCCGGAUUUAGAUGCCAUCAUCGCGCAAGUACAGCGUAACGAUGUGAUCGGUGGCGCGCCCGCGCGCGCGGUUCGAGACGAUCAGAGUGAGAUCGCGAUGUUACAGGAGGUCAUCGAUGACAUGACAUCAGAAAAGCUCGGGCUCUUGCGAGGCUUGCAAAGAUCGCAAGCCAUGGUUGACGACUUGGUGGGGGAAAACGAAGCGCUCAUGCAACGUUUCAACGAGACAAAGUCGCAGUUGUCCGCCUUGCAGGGUGAAUACGAUCGUCUUUGGAUGCAGCGCCAAAGUGAGCGCGCAAACAUGCCUGGGGAUGUCGACGCGUUGCAGAUGGGCGGACCUGAUGCGAACGAACGCGUGCAAGCUCUCGCGGCGGAGGUCGUCAAUUUGGAAGAGCGCCUGCAGGAGUUCGACGAAGUGAAAUCGGAAAAUGAGGCGUUAAAACUCGAAGUGAGACGAUGCAACGCUCGUACAUCUGAAGUCGAGCUUGUUCUCGAAGCGACGCAAGAGCAAAGUCGUCUUUUCAAGGAACGUUUUCAAGGCUCAGAGUUCAUGAAGACGAUCGAGUUGCUCGAAGGAGACGACGCUGCGUUCCUGUGCGCGUGGUUGAAACGAAAGGACACCGACGUACUGAAAGAGGCACGAGCAACCGCGAUAUCGAAGACGAUCGAUCGUGAGAGAUCUGACGCUCUAAGAGAAGCCGAGCAAACGUCCGGUGAAGUGGACGAAGAGCAGAUUGAGUUGUUGUCUUCCAUAGACACGUUGCUCGAGCAGUUGCAGGUCGAGAAAACGAAUUCGAGGAGGCAACUCACGAGCGCGAACGAGUCGAUCGAGCAGCUCAAGGUGCGUAACGAACUGCUCGAGUCGCAAUUGGCGAAAGUACUGAAUCAACUCGCGGGAACGCAAGAGGACUUGAGCGAUGAAGACGAUGCCAAGCCGCGACGACGCGGAUUGUUUUCAAUGUUUGCUCGUCGACGAUAG